AAUUCAUUAGAUUCUUCAGCAUUACGCAUUAUUUUGGUCCUGAAGGUAAUGUGGACAAUGUGGUCCUUCAUGACUUCAACAUUUUAUGUGUCACUAUUUUAAGCUAAAUCCACCUAUUUAAACCUGAAGAAGCUAAGAGUGACAACCAUCACUUUUAAUUGUUUUGUUCUACACUUCUACUGACUCAAUCAUUCUCUUCUCUAUUCUCUUCCUUCCCAAUUCAUCUCACUAUCAUUUUUUUUUUCCUACAAUGGAAGAUGAAAAAUGGGUUCUGGUGUGCGGCUCUUCACAGAAGGAUUUGUGGAAACCAAGUUUACCAAAUGCUGAUGAUGAACCUUCAAGGCCCUUGAAGGUUGCCUUUUCUGAGCCUGCAGAGUACUGGACUGACGCCAUUCCCAUUGGAAAUGGCCGUCUUGGGGCCAUGAUUUGGGGUGGUGUACAAUCAGAAGUUCUACAGCUCAAUGAGGACACACUUUGGACUGGAAUACCUGGCAACUACACCGAUAAAAAUGCUCCUGAAGCUCUGGCUGUAGUCCGAAAACUUGUUGAUGACAGAAAAUAUUCAGAUGCUUCAAUAGCAGCUAAGAAAUUGACAGGAGGUCCUACUGAUGUAUACCAACCUCUUGGUGAUAUUAAAUUAGAAUUUGAUGAUUCUCAUCUGAAAUAUUCGGAAGAGUCUUAUCACAGGGAGCUUGAUUUGGAUAUUGCAACAGCAAAAAUAAAAUACAACGUGGGUGAUGCAGAAUUUACCAGAGAGCAUUUUGCUUCUAAUCCAGACCAAGUGCUAGUGACAAAGUUUUCCACAAGCAAGUCAGGGUCGUUAUCAUUUACAGUAUCUUUGGAGAGCCAAUUAGAUCACAAUUCACGGGUAAGCGGCCUAAAUCAGAUAAUAAUGGAAGGAAGCUGUCGUGGCAAAAGGCCGCCAGAAGUGAAUUCUAGUGACAAAUCAAAAGGAAUUAAGUUUUCUGCAGUUCUUGAUAUACAGAUUAGUAAUGAAAAAGGGUUUAUACAUGUUUUGGAUGAAAAGAAGCUUAGAGUUGAAAGUUCAGAUUGGGCUAUUUUGCUUCUGACAGCUUCCUCAUCUUUUGAUGGUCCAUUUACCAAGCCUGAAGACUCCAAAAAAGAUCCCACUUCCGAGUCCUUGAGUAAAAUGAAGUCUGCCAAAAGUUUUUCAUAUGAUGAUAUUUACGCACGUCACUUGGAUGACUAUCAGAAUCUAUUUCAUCGGGUCUCAUUGCAACUCUCUAAAAGUUCCAAGACUGUUUUAGGAAAACCUAUUUUGGAUGAAAGGAAAUUGGUUUCCUGUCAAACUAACAUCUCUCAAAUUGGAGGUGAUAAUGUUGCUCCAACUUCAUCAAGAAUCAAAUCAUUUCAAAAUGAUGAAGACCCUUCCUUUGUGGAGCUUUUGUUUCAAUAUGGUCGAUAUCUCUUAAUUGCUUGUUCACGUCCUGGAACUCAGGUGGCAAACCUACAGGGUAUAUGGAACAACGAUGUUACACCUGCAUGGGAUUGUGCUCCGCACUUGAACAUAAAUCUUCAAAUGAACUAUUGGCCGUCCCUGUCAAACAACCUACAUGAGUGUCAGGAGCCACUAUUUGAUCACAUUUCCGCUUUGUCUGUCAAUGGUAGUAAAACAGCGAAGGUGAAUUAUGAAGCCAAUGGUUGGGUUACACAUCAUGUUUCUGACUUAUGGGCUAAAACAUCCCCAUAUGAAGAAGAUCCUGUUUGGGCUGUAUGGCCAAUGGGUGGAGCUUGGCUUUGUACCCAUCUAUGGGAGCAUUACACUUAUACAAUGGACAAGGAAUUUCUUAAAAAUCAAGCAUAUCCUUUGUUGGAAGGAUGUGCGUCAUUUUUGGUGGAUUGGUUGAUCGAAGGCUCUGGUGGAUUUUUGGAAACUAACCCAUCAACUUCACCAGAGCACAAGUUCAUUGCACCAGAUCAAAAGCAAGCUAGUGUGAGCUACUCAUCAACCAUGGACAUUUCAAUCAUAAAAGAAGUUUUCUCUAUAAUCAUUUCUGCUGCUGAGGUUUUGGGAAGGCAUGAUGAUGCUAUUAUUAAAAGAGUAACUGAAUCACAGUCUAAGCUUCCUCCUAUAAAAAUUGCUAGGGAUGGGUCCAUUCUGGAAUGGGCUGAAGAUUUUCAGGACCCAGAAACACAUCAUCGACAUGUUUCGCAUCUGUUUGGCUUGUUUCCAGGGCACACAAUAAGUCUUGAGAAAAAUCCAGAUCUCUGUAAAGCUGUGGGUUAUAGUCUAAUGAAAAGAGGAGAAAAUGGUCCUGGGUGGUCAACAACUUGGAAAGCUGCAUUAUGGGCUCAUCUUCACAACAGCGAGCAUGCAUAUCGCAUGAUAAAACACUUGAUUAUCCUGGCAGACCCUGCUAAGAGUACAGUAGCAUUUGAAGGAGGACUUUACAGUAACCUAUUCACAGCACAUCCUCCUUUCCAAAUUGAUGCAAACUUUGGUUUUUCAGCAGCAAUUGCAGAGAUGCUUGUUCAAAGCACAACCAAGGACCUCUACUUACUUCCUGCGUUGCCUCGGGAUAAAUGGGCAAAUGGUUGUGUGAAAGGAUUAAAAGCGCGUGGCGGGGUGACGGUCAACAUCUGCUGGAAAGAAGGUGAUCUGCAUGAAGUUGGCCUUUGGUCACAAAAUCAGAAUUCCAGCAUUAGACUACAUUUUAAAGGGAACAAGGUUGUGGCAAAUUUAUCACCAGGAAAAGUUUACUCAUAUAAUAAAUGGUUGAAGUGUGUUAAGACAUACUCCCUUAGCGAAGUCAAUCCCUAAAAAAAAUUUGUCUUCCUAUUUUCCAAUAAAAUCUUAAGACAUGCAUUAUAGUAUUUUACAAUUUGUUAUUGAACUUUGUUUGCUGGAUCAUGGUAUAUCUUAUGGUUUCUAGUGAUUAUUCUCCACGAGUCAUUUGGCCUUGGAAGAUGUAAUGUAAUGAAUAAGCAUUUUGUUAUGCAUUUGUUGUGUGGUUUUGAUGUGAAUAUUGGUGUAACUUUGUUAUUUGUUAUUGGGCCCGUUAAUGCAUGUAUCGGAGUCAAACUAUCAGUGCUAAUGUGACAUACAUUACGCAUGCUUCUCACUCCAAAAAUAGAAAACUCAAAGUUUGAUAAUCCUUAUUAUGGGAUAGAAUGUGCUCCAGGAACAGUUCAGGGCAUCUUGUUCAAGCAUUGACAAACUAACU